GGGGGCGUGAGUUUCCGGUUCCGGGUGACGGUGGCGGGGGGGCGGCGGGGCCGGGCUCUGGCGGUCGGAGCGCGGAGGGGCCGCGGCAGGCGGAUCCCCCUGGAUUCAGCUCCGUCCCCGCAGAUCCAGCACCCGCCCAGCUCGGGGGGUCCCGGCUUUGGGGGGCAGCCCGGCCCUGUCUCCCCCCCCUUCCUGCCCCAGUGGCCCCCUCGGGAGGAGGAAGAGGAGGAGGAGGAGGAGGAGGAAUGGCGGCGCCGUGGCGGGUACUGGAGCCCGCCCAAAAAUCCAUAAAAAUUUACUGAUCCCACCUUUUCUUACCCCAAACGAGCUUUACCUGGGCAAGAAGUAAGGCCAAAGGCUCCCACAGCAUGGCUCAGGCGAGUCUCCUGGCCUGCGAGGGGCUCUCGGGCGUCUGCCUCGUCCCCACCGUCGCCAGCAAGAAGAUGAUGCCCAAAUCCAGCGGGAAACAGGACGGGAACCGGGAACGGGGCUCCAGCCCCGACCUCCUGUCCCUCCGCCAGGACCCUGACAAGCCCCGUGCCCGCAAGGACGAUGAUGCUCCUGAGGCCUCCAACCCCAAGAAAUCCAUGAAAAAGCGCCGCAAGCGGGUUCCCGGCGCCGAGGGACCCCCGAGCUCCUCCCGCCGAGGAUCCCAGGUUUGCCGCCGCGCCGCACGAGGAGGAGGAGGAGGAAGACAAUCUCCCAAACUCCGGCAGAUGGUGGUGAUUGAGCAAAACGGCUCCUUCCAGCUCAAGAACUUCAUCUGUGACCACUGUUUUGGCGCCUUCCGGAGCAGCUACCACCUCAAACGGCACAUCCUCAUCCACACCGGGGAGAAGCCGUUCGAGUGCGACAUGUGCGACAUGCGCUUCAUCCAGAAGUACCACCUGGAGCGGCACAAGCGCGUCCACAGCGGGGAGAAGCCCUACCAGUGCGAGCGCUGCAUGCAGAGCUUCUCCCGCACGGACCGGCUGCUCCGACACAAGCGCAUGUGCCAAGGCUGCCAGACCAAGACCCCGCCCGACUCCCAGCUUCUGCUGUGAAAAUCUGGGAAUACCGGGAAGUUGAGGGGGUGCGGGAGGGGGUGUUUCUUCCUGCACCCCCCCCCCCCACCCCACAUCACCAUGCUCUGCCUCACCUGGAUUUCUCACCCCUCUAAGGAUGGGGAAGAACAAGAGUUCUGCCAGCAUGAAAAAACUCAGAUCGUUCCUGCCCUCCGGCCUAAAAACUUGGAUUAUGAUCUUAAAAAUCCUCCUGGAAUCUUCAAGUGGCCCCCCGCCAUCGUUAUACCCCUGAAUCCCCCCUCCCCUUCUUAGGAAAGACUGGGAACCCCCAAACUGCCCGAAAUCCUGGCGGAUCCGGGAUACUUGUGCAAAGGUAGGAGGGUCCCACUGGGAACAGCAGCAUCAGUCCCUCUCUUCUUUGGGAAAAGGAUGAAAACUGAAGAUGUUGAGUGAUGCCUCAGCUUGGCGGAGGGUGCCCCCCCCCUUUUUUCUUUUUU